UUAAUCGCUUGGGAAUUAUCGCCCAUGAUUGAAAUAGUCAUUUACGAAUAUGCAGCCAUUUCUUGCUUUAGAAUUCAUUGAGCUCAAUCGCUUAUCCGGACUCGAGUCAAGUUUAACGUUUGUAAAAGAGGGCAAAGGGCUUAGCUCAGGUUAUCUAUCAGCUGUUCACAUGAGUGCCGUUGUUCAGUAGAUUGUUUGGCUGGCCGCCGAAGAGCUUUGCGAGUGGUGAGGUUUUUGAUACAAGUGUUCCACAUGGAGGACAAUGCGAGGAAAUUGGGCCAAUUGAUCCCAGAGAAUUCUGUUCUGUUCGUGUGCGACUUGCAGGAACGAUUUGCUCCUUCUAUCUUGCAUUUUGACACUAUCGUGAGCAAUGCAGAUCGGAUGAUCCAGAUGUCCCAGGUGCUCCACGUGCCCAUAAUAACCACGGAGCAAUACCCAAAGGUUCAUUCAUUUUCAAAAUGUCAAACGAAGCAGGAGGGAUUGGGGAACACAGUGGCUGCCUUGAAAUGUCAUCUACACGAAAAACACAUCUUCAGCAAAACUCGCUUCACGAUGAUGAUUCCUGAAGUUGAAAACCGAUUGGAAGAACUGCGAACUGUGCGGAAUGUUGACACGGUCAUCCUCGUGGGGAUCGAAACCCACGUUUGCAUCAUUGCCACGUGCCAAGAUCUCAUUCAGAAGGGUUACAAUGUUCACGUUGUAGCGGAUGCUUGUUCCAGUCGGACUCAAACGGAUCGCCAAUUGGCCUUGGAACGGAUGAAACAAAUUGGGGCUUUCAUCAACUCAACGGAGAGCGUGAUAUUGUCUUUGGCCGGGGAUGCGGCUCAUCCCCAAUUCAAGCAGAUCCAAACCUUGAUCAAGACGUUGAACCCAUCCACCGACCUGGUCCGUGAAUCAUCGAAAGAUGGACUCAAGUGCUUGCUUUAAGUAUUAAUUAAUAUUCAGCUUUGAACGUGAAUGUAAUACAAAUAUAAAGAUAUUGGUCGUUUAAUCGUUUUGACACCUCUGGCCUCGGUGAUGGAAUAUGGCAUGGUAUAUAUUUCCUCUUUUGCCAUUUAUCUAUUGCCCAUAUGAUGCCACACACCUCUUUACUUUUUGUGUGCAGACCUGUAAUUUCAUUACUAUCGCACUGUGGUCAAAAGGCCUCAUCCACUUUCGAGAGAAAGACAAUUGAAACCUGUUUCUUGCUCGCAGAGCUAUAAGCAACAACAUUAUUUUUUUCUUGUUUCAUGUAGUUAUAGCUCAGGUUAAAAAUUUGUAUGCCUUUAAAAAUAUGAAUAAACAUGACAUUCACACACCUAGAUAGUGGAGAUUAGAGCACACUUUGGUUGACAAACACGCUACUGAGUAAAGUGUCUUAAUCAUUUAGUGGUCCUGCCAUCCGUUUUAGUUUAAAGCGUUUAUAGUUAUGUUUUAUGGCCUUCGGCAAAUUCAUAACAUGUUUUUGUUGCCUAACAAAUGGUUCGGUUGUUUCUGUCAAGAUGUAAUAAGACAUUUUAACCAUACCGAUCCACCAGUAUGGUCCAGCAUUUACAAUCCAUAAUUAUUUUUCUUAAUUCAAACUCGGCUUCAGAGAGGGAGGCAUUUUCACCUAGUUUUCAUGUAACAGCUGAUCAGGCCCUUUCCAAGCACUGCUCCUUACUCAUGCACAUGACUGGAUAGAAGUAAGAAGAGCGAGUGUACCGACCAGGACAUGUGGACAAGCAUUUAGAAGACGGGUUUCAGCACGAAAAUAGAGAUUGAGAAAUAUGGCUCCAUCCGUGAUUACUUUGAACCAUGGUCAAGCCAAGGACUCCUCGUGAGAGAUUUACCUCUAUGGAGCCACUUUGACGUCUUGGAAAGUGGAGGGCGUCGAGAACAUCUUUGUCAGUUCCAAGGCUAUCAAGGAUGGGAGCAAGGCCAUUCGGGGAGGGAUCCCGGUUUGCUUUCCCUCAUUUGGUCCGUGGGAGCAUGGCCCUCAACACGGAUUUGCCCGAUCCACUGUGUGGGCCAUGGAUAAGGAACCCGAAACGGAUCCGAAUACCGGUGACGUCAAGGUGAUGUUGUCCUUGAAAGAUGACGAGAAAAUCCGCGAAACAUGGAACUACCCAUUUCAAUUUCUAUACACAUUCACGCUGAAGGCCAGAGACCUGAUCUUGGACGUGAACGUGGCCAACCAAGGCGAAAGAGACCUUGAGUUUACGUUUGCCCUUCAUACGUAUUACAAGGUACCAGAUGUGACCCAAUGCACCAUCAGUGGUCUUCAAGGUUUGACCUAUCUGGAUAAGACGGAUGGAGGCAAGGCCAAAAAGGAAGAGGCUGACGAAGUGAAACUCUCGAGCUUCGCCGACAGAGUUUAUCAGAAAUCCCCCGAUUCCGUGGUAUUGAGGGGCCUUCAAGGGGGCCGUGCCUUGACACUUACCAAGACCAACUUGACAGAUACGGUGGUCUGGAAUCCUUGGGCCGAGAAUGCCAAAAACAUGGCCGAUUUUGGAGACGACGAAUACACUAGCAUGAUCUGCGUGGAAGCCGUUCAAUUUACGGAGCCCGUUUCCGUGAAACCAAACUCUCACUGGCAGGCUACUCAUUCCCUCGCUGUUAUGGAUUAAGACGACGAAUUCAAAGUGCAUAAUAAUCAAUAAGCCCAUGUAUUAUUAUUCGCUCAUUAAUCACGCGUUUCGAUAGAAAUGUGGAAAAUUGUCCAUGGACGCUCAAUAAAAUCUCGUUUGCA